AUGCCCGGCUCGGUGGGGAAGUGCUGGCUCAGCAGGAGCUGCCACUCGCUCCGGCUCGGGCUCUCGCAGGACACGGUGCUGGGCCGCCUGGGAGCAAACGUCACGUUGACCUGCCAGGACGAGGGGCUGGCGAACGUCACCGUGUCCUGGAAGAUGGAGAAGUGGGGGACGGUGGCAGCGGUGGUGGGGGGCCAUGACCGGUGGCUGGCGGAGGGCAACACACUGCUCCUCUGGCAACUGCGCUACGAGGACUCGGGGCGCUACAGCUGUUACGUGGGGGGCCGCCCGCUGCGCUCCCUGCGGCUGCUGGUGGAAGAGCCCCCUGAAAUUCCCCGGGUCUCCUGCUACCGGCGGAGCCAUGACAAAGAUGUCCUGUGCGAGUGGCCGCUGCAGGCGAAGCCAUCCCCAGGGACGCGGGCGAUGCUCUGGGUGAAGCAGAGGUUCGCAGCUGAGAAUGCCACAGAGCAGCGGUGCCGCUACUUCUCCAAGGCACGGAAGUUUGUUUGCCGGGUGAAGGUGCCACCCGGCGCUGAUGACACCAAACCCCUCGUGGUGUCCACGUGCGUCAGUAACGGCGCCGGCGGCUUGGCCGGUGAGGACAGGAUCAUCACCCUCAGCAGCGUCUUGAAGCCCGACCCUCCCCUCAAUGUGACAGUGGAGGCACUGGAGAAGGCACCGCAGCAGUUGCGCGUCAACUGGUCCUACCCCUUGUCCUGGGACCCCCGCUUCUACUGGCUCCGCUUCCAGGUCCGCUACCGCCCCGAGCCCGCCGAGACCUUCACGGAGGUGGAACAGGUGAUGACGACGUGGCUGGACAUCCGUGACGCCUGGCGAGGGACGCGGCACGUGGUGCAGGUGCGGGCGCAGGAGGAGUUUGGCCACGGCGCGUGGAGCGAGUGGAGCCAGGAGGCGGUGGGCACCCCCUGGACAGACCCCAGGGACCUCACCUCUGAAAUGGGACCCUUCAGCUCGCAGUUCCCCAUGGAGGAUGGCACCUAUGGGGUCACGCUGCCCCCCGAGCUCUUCGGGGAAGAUGCUGCUGAUGGCGCUGGUGGGGCUGUCAUGGAAGCCAGUGCCCACUCUGUGGCAUCCCCCUAUGCCUUUCUGGUGGCCGGGGGGAGCCUGCUCCUGGGCAUCGCCCUCUUUGUUGGCAUCAUGGUGAGGUACAAGCAGACAUGGCGGACAGGUGGGCAGCGGGGGGCCAAGCAGGAAGGUGAGGCGCAGCAUGUGCUAGUGCCCCUGGGCCCCCCCAGCCCCCCACUCAGUGAGACCCCCCUGCUCUCGCCUCCUGGCCCCCUGGCCCCUGGGGCUCUCCAUGUCACCAAUUUGGACUAUUUCUUCUCAGAGCAGUAG